AUGAGCACUUCUCAAGACGAAGACACGCCACCACCCGUCACGGCCCUCACGAUACGUCCUUGUAGUGCUGCGGACAAGGCGGCCGCCAUUCGAGAGCGAGUAUGGGCACAGCAUAUGCCGAGGAUACGACAGCUCUAUGUGGAUGAGGGGAGGACGCUGAAGGAGCUGAUUGAAAUCAUGAAGACGGAGCAUGAUUUUGUAGCCUCGGCCAAGAUGUACAAACAGCGACUUAGGAAGUGGAACCUUCGGAAGAACAUCCGACUUCACCUACACGAGGACGAUCCGGGUUAUGCCGCGCUUGUCGACCUGCUGGGCGAGGGCAGCAGAGUGCAGCAGCACAGAGGAGGAGGGUCGUUGUCCUCCUCCUCCUCCUCCUCCUCCUCCUCCUCAGGUGCCAAGACAGGGCGGCCAGUGUCAACCGAGAUCCAGCUGGCGACUGGCCAGGUCGUCGACCUCGACCGGCUUGCUUCCCACCUGAAACGCAAGAUGUUCUACAAGAGAUAUACCUCCCCUCACGGGCCGGUGACCAUGACGAACCCUGUCAGGCCGCCUGAUGGGUUUUAUAUGUGUGAGGAAGUGCUAAACAGUACUCGCACAUAUAUCUUUGGACGAUUCAGAGACACCCUCAGCACUGUGAACGAGAUUGACAACACACGUGUGGUAGACGCGCCCCUGGCGAAGUGGAACAAAUUCUUAUUCACCCUCCGCGGGCCCCUCUCGUCGCCCAGGCGCUUCGGCCGCGUGCUCACCCUCAUGCGCCAGGCCCCCGAGGAGCUGCACGACCUCCUCGCCAGCCAGCCCGCCUCCCUCCUCAGCAGCUUCUUCAUGUUCAUGGUCUAUCUGACCCGCUGUCUCCAGUGCCUGCAGGAUCCAGACGAAAAGCGGCAGUUCUCGCGCGUCAUCAGAGCCCUGAUCAGGUAUGCUGCCGCCCUUGUGCCGCGUGUGCCGCAACAGCAGCAGCAGCAGCAGCAGGAGGAGGAGGAGGAGGAGGAGGAGCAUGGUGGAGCUGCCAUAUUUACACCGUCGUCGUUAUCAUUACCGCCAUCAUUGCCAUCAUCACCAUCGUCGUCGUCAUCGUCGUCGCCAGCGUCAUCACCGACCGCUGCUGGUACAACAGUCCCGCUCUAUGGGCCAGGCCACCCCCUCCCACAAAUGCUACGUGCGCUCGCGCGCGUCGACGACGACCAGCUAUUCCCGCUGGCGCUCAGGGCCUGGAGGCUCUCGUGCCAGAGCUGGGACGAGAUCGUGCUGGCGGCCUCGUCGCCACGGGAAGGGUGGCCAGCGGCGGACCUCAACACACAGCCUAAAGGGUGCUGCGCGACGGUGAGCGACUGGCUCAACUACGCAGCCGUCGCCCCUGCCUCGGAGAUCCCAGCGGCCACGAGCGAGAUCGUCAACAGCACGCUGCGCGCGCUCCGCCAGCAGUACAGCGAGCAGAGGGCAGCGGCGGUGGACGAGAUGUGGCGGUACGCGGAGGCGAUCGAAAACCUCACGAGCCGGGGGGAGCUGGCGCCCAAGGAGCUGCGCGAGUUCCUCCUGCACAACGGCAUGACGGAGGUGUACCUCGGCGUGCUGGAGGGCGUCGAGCAGGACAAGGCCAACGUGAUGCUGAUGCGGUCGCUCGAGGACGGGCGGCGGGGCCUGCGGUUUAUGGACUUCCUCGAGGAUAUCUUUUGGGAGUGGGGGGACCAUGAGAAGAGCGUCGCGAUGGCGCUGUGGAGGGCACGGAUGACGGGGGAUUUAUUGGGCGGGAGCGCAGGAGCAUAA